CGGAAAAUCAUGUAAUGGUGCGCGAGCCUCGGUCCUCUGAAUGGGUCUGUUGCCCAUCCAGAGGGACAAAUUGAAAAGUUUUCCAUUAUCAGUACUUUUAUUGUAGUUUGUAUAGUAAUCUAAAAUUGAUAGAAUCAGUCAGUAGAUGUAAAAUUAAGAGGUUAAUUGUGUGCUUGAAUUUAAGUAGAGUGUAGUGAGUUGCAUUACGUCUGAGUUUAUUGGGUUUUGGAUUAAGUGUUCUCAAAAGUAAAAUUUGAAAUUGUUGAAAUGAUGAAAUCAAGCGCCAGCCAGAAUCGCGAAAGUGGACUGCCAUGUCCCAAGGAAAUUCUAUUGGAGAGCCGAAAGCCUACAUGGACAUGGACAUCCUUCAUGGAAAAAGAUCACCUGGAGAAGUCGACUCCCGAUCAGAUGGCAGAAUCCGAUGUCCAUCGCAGGGAUAGGCAAGCUCCACCUUCCUUGCCAUGCAUAUAGGAAUCACCCUUGCUGUGUAAGUGGUAGGAGUAUGGUACCUACUGCGCAUGCGUGGACCAGUUGUAGUAGGAAUUCAUCUGUGCUCAGUGCUCUUGCGUUUCUUUCUUUCUUGUGGCGAAGAAGAAAGAAACUUCGGUAGAGUUCCGGUUCCAGUGUACAGUGCUCCUGAUACUGCAAGCCCCGCUGACUUCUUCCUUUCCGCUUAUCAAACUGGUGAGGAAUGGCAGCCUUCAAAAAAUUCGUUCAUUUGUAGCGCGCAUUUUGUUGGAGGCAAAAAGAACGAUAACCCAAAUCACAUUGCCUAUGUGCCUUGUUUGCGCCCCACACUCAAAGCCAGAAAGAGAAGGGCCGGUUCCGAUCCAUUGCAGGGUAAUCCUAAAAUUGCCAAAUUCCAAGAUGCUGUCAAGAUAGAUAAGGAUACGGAGCAGAUCGAGCCACAGAGUGAAGUAGAUGCAAAGCGACCGGAGACCCAUAAAGAGCUAUCAGUCAAAGGUAUAAGAAACAUCGGGAACACUUGCUAUAUGAAUGCAGCUUUGCAAGCGCUCUCCAAUACACCACCAUUCGCCAAAUACUUGCUCGAUUGUGGAAAUCAGCUGAUUCUACGUUUAGAAAAUGAGAACCAUCCGAUGAAGCUAACCAGAGUGAUGUGUGAAUUAUUGGAAUAUCUUUGGAACACCCAUGAGGAUGCAUACUUCAGUCCAAGCCGAUUGUUGCGCCGUGUCAGAAGAGUAAAUCCAACAUUCCAAGUGGGCAACCAGCAAGACACUGCUGAGUUUUUGACUAUCUUGCUCAACCUAUUACACCAGGAGCUGAAAACUCAAGACACGGACAAAAGUAUCAUUUCCGAUAUAUUCGACGGCAAAAUGUACACCUGUGUGCAGUGCUUAACGUGCAACAAGGUUCAUGAAGAGGCUUCUGAAGACAGGACGUGGAUGUCUGAAGGAUCUGAAACAACACGAUUCAUUACCGUCCAAAUCCCUACAAAGGAGGAUUUGAAGGCUCUUGAUGAAUUAACCAAGAAGUAUGCUGACCUGAAACAUGUCAAGGAAAUGUACCGUUUCAAAAAGAGUUGGUUUGGUUGGCUGAGCAAGCUAAUGCCCUUUCAAAGCCGCAGCGUUGUCAGUCUCGAAAACUGUUUGCAGGCAUUCUUCUGUGUGGAAGAACUGAAAAAUGAAAACAUGUACAGGUGUGGCAAAUGCGCCGCAGCCCGUGAUGGGAUAGCAUUCUCCAAAAUUACACAGCUACCGGAGGUACUGUGUAUAAACCUGAAGAGGUUCCUGCCUGACUCGACCAAAAAAACUCAACACGUUUCAUUCCCGAUCACUGAACUCGACAUGACACCUUUUGUUCAUUCUGAAUGCCUGUCGGAGAUUAAAACGUACGACCUUAUGGCAACUAUAUGCCAUAAAGGAAACAGUUUAAAUAGUGGACAUUACAUCUGUUAUGGGCUUCAUGAAGAAAAAAAAAUCUGGUUCGAGUAUGACGACCUACGUGUGACCAAGGUCACAGAAGAUAAGGUUGCUUCGUGUGAAGCAUACCUUCUAUUUUAUAGUCAACUACGCAAAGAUCGGCCUUCAAUGACGAAGGAAUAGUGGGCGAAUCAAAUGAUUUGACGUCUAUGUGAAAUCCAAAUAGAUGAGCCUCAUUCCACGACUA